GGAAGAGUCUCCGCUGUCCGAAUUUCAUUUUAUUAUUAACAGAAAAUAAGAAGAGAAGUGAGAACAGGGAGGCUGGUGUUGGCAUGUUCUUUUUAUAUAUAAAACGUGUAGUGUUUCACCCCAAGCUUCCUGUUGUCCUCGGCCGCCGCCCCUACCUGACCUCAGAAUUAAUUUUGUAACAAUAAUCUUAAUAAAUAAGAAUAACGAUAAUAAUAAUAAGGAUGGAGGGCGGAGCAAUAUCAUUGUCAUCGGAGAAUAGGAAAGAAGAAGAGCAGCAGGGAACGUCCUAUACCUAUUGGGUGAGGCAAGUGGCGGAGGAUGCGGCGCCGCCCCCAGUUCCUCGAAAACUCUCACCUCAAGACAUUCUCUCCGCUCAAUCCCAGCCUUCCACCCUCGGUUCUCUCUGGAAUCGGGCUGGAACUUGGGAGGAAAAGAAUGUUAAUAAAUGGGCAACAGAUAGAAUAAAGGAGCUUCUUUUAUCAGUGGGUACCUUGGAGUUCUCAGGUGGCAAAGCAGAGAUAUCAGAUGUCUUCAAAUGUGUAGGAGAUGCAUUCUUGGUGACAGUGCGAAACAAGAAACGUGUUAGCUACACCUAUGAACUAACCUUGAAAGUAAAAGGUGAGUGGAUAUUUGGAGAGGAGAAAAACACAGUCAAGGGCCAGAUAGACAUCCCAGAGUUUUCAUUUGGUGAGCUAGAUGACUUGCAGAUGGAAGUGAGACUAAGUGAAGAGAAGGAUAUUCUACGUCAAGAUAAGUUACGAGUUAGCAAGGAUUUGAAGCUAUUUUUGCAGCCCGUUCGCGAGAAAUUGCUUCAAUUUGAACAGGAACUCAAAGACUUAUAGAAGUCGUUAAGGACAAUAACCAAGGUUUUACUUCCUAUUACAUUUAGUGGACUGUACUUUUAUUUUAAAUUUAAUUGGGAAAGAAACUACCCUUUCCAAUGCAUUUAGGAGAAUUGGGCUAAAGGCAAGUCCUUUCCAUUAAGGUUUAGAGCUUUUAAUACUGUCAAGUUUUUGUUUUUUGGGUAAAAAACUGUCAAGUUUGGAAACAAGUGAACCUAUGCGUUGUGUGAUUUGAUACGUGGAUUUUAGUUUUGGGUGAAA